AUGAAAUGUGUGAGACGUCAGGCAAUGCAGAAGUUCUGGUUCACCCUGGCCGUCUGGCUGCUCAUGCCGGAGUCCCAACUGGAGGCAGACGCUCGGAAUCCCGGUCUCGGUGUCAAACUCUGUGGGAGAGAGUUUAUUCGGGCGGUUAUUUUCACCUGUGGAGGCUCCAGAUGGAAACGGACUGAGAUAAGCAUACCAGAUAUCACUGACCCCUUCUCCCACCUGCCACAGGCCAUGGAUGACGCUGGUCCCGACAGUUGGGACCUUGCCAAUGAAGUCACCAACUAUGAACCCGCUACCUGGAGAUUCCUGAUGGGAUUUGGGGAUGAGGACCGAAGCCGGAGGAGCAUUUCCAAUGAUGUUCUGGAGGCUUUGAGGAGCACGGAUAGGAAGGGAAGAGACGUAGUGGUGGCUCUGUCUAAUGCUUGCUGUAAGUGGGGGUGCACCAAGAGUGAGAUUAGUUCGCUUUGCUAA